AUGCCAAAGAAAGCAAAGCCUGCUGGGAGUGGGAAGGAAGAGGAGCCUGUUCCCUGUAAGCAGGUGAAGGUGGAGACAGCUGUUGUGCCGUUCCCUCUGAACUUUGACAGUCCUAGUGACCUCUUUGAAAGUUUAAUCUCACCUAUCAAGAUAGAAACUUUUUUCAAGGAAUUCUGGGAGCAGAAACCCCUUCUCAUACAGAGAAAUGCAGUGGCCACAUAUUACCAAUCCUUGUUCAGGCUGACAGAUCUGAAGAGUCUGUGCAGCCAGGGCAUGUACGAUGGGAGAGACCUAAACGUCUGCCGGUGUGUCAAUGGGAAGAAGAAGAUUUUAAAUAAGGAUGGCAAAGCACACUUUCUUCAGCUGAGAAAAGAUUUUGAUCAGAAAAGAGCAACAAUUCAGUUUCACCAACCUCAGAGAUUUAAGGAUGAACUUUGGAGGAUCCAGGAGAAGUUGGAAUGCUACUUUGGCUCCUUGGUUGGCUCAAAUGUGUAUAUCACUCCCUCAGGGUCUCAGGGGUUACCACCCCGUUAUGAUGAUGUAGAGGUUUUCAUCCUGCAGCUGGAAGGAGAGAAACACUGGCGCCUCUAUUGUCCAACCGUGCCCCUGGCUCGAGAGUAUAGUGUGGAGGCUGAGGACAAAAUUGGGAAGCCAACACAUGAGAUCACGUUGAAGCCAGGUGAUUUGCUCUACUUUCCCAGAGGGAACAUUCAUCAAGCAGACACUUCUCCAGGACUGGCCCAC